UGGUAUAUAGGAAGCAGAGAUGAUGACACAGAAGAGAUCCUGUACCUGUUAUAUAGGAAGCAGAGAUGAUCACACAGAAGAGAUCCUGUACCUGUUAUAUAGGAAGCAGAGAUGAUCACACAGAAGAGAUCCUGUACCUUGUAUAUAGGAAGCAGAGAUGAUGACACAGGGGAGAUCCUGUACCUGUUAUAUAGGAAGCAGAGAUGAUCACACAGGGGAGAUCCUGUACCUGUUAUAUAGGAAGCAGAGAUGAUGACAUAGGGGAGAUCCUGUACCUGGUAUAUAGGAAGCAGAGAUGAUGACACAGGGGAGAUCCUGUACCUGUUAUAAAGGAAGCAGAGGUGAUCAUACAGAAGAGAUCCUGUACCUGUUAUAUAGGAAGCAGAGAUGAUGACAUAGGGGAGAUCCUGUACCUGUUAUAUAGGAAGCAGAGAUGAUGACACAGGGCAGAUCCUGUACCUGUUAUAUAGGAAGCAGAGAUGAUCAUACAGAAGAGAUCCUGUACCUGUUAUAUAGGAAGCAGAGAUGGUGACACAGGGGAGAUCCUGUACCUGGUAUAUAGGAAGGAGAGAUGAUGACACAGAGGAGAUCCUGUACCUGGUAUAUAGGAAGCAGAGAUGGUGACACAGGGGAGAUCCUGUACCUGGUAUAUAGGAAGGAGAGAUGAUGACACAGAGGAGAUCCUGUACCUGGUAUAUAGGAAGCAGAGAUGAUCACACAGAAGAGAUCCUGUACCUUGUAUAUAGGAAGCAGAGAUGGUGACACAGAAGAGAUCCUGUACCUGUUAUAUAGGAAGCAGAGAUGAUGACAUAGGGGAGAUCCUGUACCUGUUAUAUAGGAAGCAGAGAUAAUGACACAGGGGAGAUCCUGUACCUGGUAUAUAGGAAGCAGAGAUGGUGACACAGAGGAGAUCCUGUACCUGUUAUACAGGAAGCAGAGAUGGUGACACAGAAGAGAUCCUGUACCUGGCUGGUAUAUAGGAAGCAGAGACGAUAGAGUGUAGUAGGAAGCAGACAUGAUCCUGUGUGUAGUAGGCAGGCAUGCCAGUGAUUGGAGAGAGUAGAUAGACAGGGAGUAGAGGAGGAGGUGCUGUGUCCAGGCCAUGCUGUGCUCAGUCACAGUACACACGGUCUCUGCUCUCAGGAAGAAGGAUCUCUUGUAGGAGGAGAGCCCGAGCACUGACAACAAAGACUGGUCACAGGAGGGACUCAGAGAGGGGGAGCAGCAGACCUGCCUGUGUAUAGACGGCAACACAGGAGACAAGGGGAGGAGUGAGAGCAAGCGAAAGGAAAACACAAAGGAGAGCAGAGGACUUAUUUGUGCAGGCGACAUCUCAGACAUGGAAAAUGGAAGAAGGAGAUGGUGGGGCAGAGAGAUAUGUGUGGGUUAAUAGCACAUCAGCUCACUCCCAAAAUGUUGCCAAGGCGAAAUACAAGUUCUUGUUUGGAGAGUCAAUGCCAACAGAGGAGGACAAGGCACCAGAAACGGAUGACCCUGGAAACACAAGAUUGCUUCCCCAAGCUGCUAGCGUCAUCAAUGAAUUCCCUGAGUACGGGACAACAGAACCUAGAGAAAAUGAUACAUUCAAAGCCAAUCAAGGACAUUUAAUCGAACCGAUACCAUGUAUACAAGAAAAAAGAGACCUUCACAAGGCCAACCCCGUAGUACAGAAUGACCAUUUACCAGAACAAUCUGAACAAUGUUUACAUGACAAAUUAAGUGGGCCCCGACAUUUCACAGAUGGUGCAGACAGCAACUGUUCAUCAGCGCAAGAGCUUAACACACAGACUGGAUGUACUUUGACUUUCAAUAUAGUGAAUGUUAUAGAUAAUACUAUUGUUCCAAGUCCUCAGACAGAAGAACAAGUUGAUCAAGUGAUGGUUACAGGUCAGGAGGACACCCCAUACACUCCUAAAGCACCUGUUCCUCAGGAUAAAAAGUCAUAUUUAUAUGUUCAGAGAGAGUUGGCAGCAAUCUCAGAAGAGGAAACUCUCUCAGAAUCCUCGCUAUCACAAAUCACAGAGAUUGCCGACUAUCCAAGAUCACAACAUAGUAAUAUUUCCUCCUCGACAACGACGAUCAUGGAUAACUGCAAUGACGAAGAGGAAAGCACUGUGAUAAGCGGAGGGAAUAAAGAAGAUGAUAAUGGCACGGCUCAGUCACAGUCUCCUAUGCCAUCAUGUGUAGAAAAUGCUGCUUUUAAUGGUACUGGUGCAGCAACGGUACAAACACAAAUGGUGGUUGGGUGGGGGGACACUUCACCGACUACAGCUGAUGAAAAGCAAAAUGAUACAACGUCCCUUAUAGCUGCAGGAACAAAUAGCUACAUUCCAAACCUUGAGAGGACUAGUGUCAUAAUGGGAACAACUAUUUCAUCAGCAAUUCAGAGGCCUAGGAGUGUUUCUGACACCUGUCAGUAUCAGGAUGGUUUAGACAAUGAAGUUUUCGUAAAGGAUCUUGGUGAAGAUCAUGUGGAGCAUGUUCGAUCUUUGAAGAGCCCUAGGAUUGUAACAGAUGACCAACAUGAAGACACGUUUAGAUCUAAAAGAUGUUCUGAGGACUCCACGGACUUGUAUAGCUCACAGUUUGAGAACAUACUGGACAACACUUCCUUAUAUUACAGUGUGGAAUCACUUGACACCUUAUACUAUGAACCAGAUAGCUUUUUCAGUUUUGAGAUGCCACUCACGCCAAUGAUUCAACAGCGAAUCAAGGAAAGUAGUCAUUACAUGGAGAAGAACACAGUUGAGGUUGAGCAAGAAAUCCUCAAAGUGGACCCAGGCAAUGGAAUAACAAUGGGGUUCUGCAAUGAUGUCCUCAAUGGGUUGGAUAAUAUUACCAGUGUGGAAUUUAACAAAUCAAAUGAAGGGAUGGAGCUCUCAGGAAGUGAUGCAGGACCAAGCAACAAACCGCUAGAGGCCUCAUAUGACAUGGGCAGCACUGAAAUCCUUCAAAAAGGAAGCACUGAAAACCUCAGCAAUGGGACCAAUAGUAACUUACAAGCUGCAAAACGCCUGGCCAAACGUCUCUACCAGUUGGAUGGAUUUAAACGCUCUGAUGUCGCAAAGCAUUUAGGAAAAAACAAUGAAUUUAGCCAGCUUGUGGCAGAAGAAUAUCUUAAAUUUUUUGAUUUCACGGGUAUGACCUUAGAUCAGUCACUCAGGAGCUUCUUUAAAGCCUUCUCACUAGUUGGAGAAACUCAGGAAAGGGAAAGAGUUUUAAUUCACUUCUCUAACCGAUAUAUUCAGUGCAACCCAAACAGCAUAUGUUCUUCAGAUGGAGUGCAUUGUCUUACCUGCGCAAUUAUGCUUCUCAAUACUGACCUACAUGGACAUAAUAUUGGAAAGAAAAUGAGCUGUCAGGAAUUCAUUGCCAAUCUCCAAGGGGUGAAUGAAGGAGGCAGUGAUUUUCCCCGAGGGCUUCUCAAGGCUCUGUACAACUCCAUCAAGAAUGAAAAGUUGGAAUGGGCAGCAGAUGAUGUUGAUGCAAUGAAGAAAUCACCAUCAGACAGCGCUGAUGAAAAAGCCAAUGGUACUCAGUCAAAGAGUGUUAGUCGGAUUGGCAGCAGCAGCAAUCCAUUCCUGGAUAUUCCCCACGAUCCAAAUGCAGCAGUGUACAAGGCUGGUUUCCUUGCACGCAAACUCCAUGCAGAUAUGGAUGGGAAAAAAACUCCAAGGGGAAAACGAGGAUGGAAAACAUUUUAUGCGAUUUUAAAGGGAACUGUUCUUUACUUGCAAAAGGAUGAAUACAAGCCAGAGAAGGCUCUUUCUGAAGAUGAUUUAAAGAAUGCUGUAAGUGUACAUCAUGCCUUGGCCUCAAAGGCGACAGAUUAUGAAAAGAGACCCAAUGUCCUCAAACUGAAGACAGCAGAUUGGAGAGUUUUCCUCUUUCAAGCACAGAGCACCGAGGAAAUGGAGUCGUGGAUUAACAAAAUUAACUGUGUGGCAGCAGUGUUUUCUGCUCCACCUUUCCCAGCGGCUAUUGGAUCCCAGAAAAAAUUCAGCCGCCCAUUACUCCCUGCCACCACCACUAAACUGUCCAAGGAGGAACAGCUGAAAUCACAUGAAACAAAACUCAAACAGAUCUCCACUGAGCUGGCUGAGCAUCGCUCCUAUCCACCUGACAAGAAAGUAAAAGCCAAGGAAAUAGAUGAGUACAAGAUGAAAGAUCACUACUUGGAAUUUGAGAAAACCCGUUAUGAAGUUUAUGUGAAACUCCUGAAGGAAGGAGGCAAAGAGCUUUUGAGCAGUGGUGAAAAUGACAACUCUGGCCUGAAGAAAUCUCAUUCAAGCCCAUCUCUUACUCAAGAUUCAUCACCAGCCAGUGCCAAGGUCAAGCGUAAUGUUUCGGAGAGGAAAGAUUACCGGCCAGAGACACCCAGCAUCAAGCAAAAGGUUACUUAAGAGGCAUGGGAUGACAAUAAGCUGGAAGUCAGUCAGCAAGAGCAGCAAAAUAUAUUGUCUGUCACAAUUGUUACUAUCUGUGGUUCAUUCAAACAACAAAAUGAGUCUGUGACUGACUGAAGCUUGAUAGCAUUUUCUAUUGCACAUUCCUUCUUGCUGUUGACUGCUCACUAUGUUGUAGAUGUCUUUGUUCCCAAUCUGCAGAGUGUGGUAGUUUGGCUUAUAACACCUCAUGCACUGUAGAUUCAGUCCAGCGCUGAAAGGUUUAGCAAUUAAUGCGCCUUUUUUUCAUAGGGGAUACUUAUCUGGACAACAAAAUGUUGUACCUGCCCCAGAGUCCACUGCUCUUCACCUUCACAUCAAAUAUUUUUAAGUUAUAUUUUUUAACCUAAUUUAUACAGCAGAUAUUGGUUUACUGUAAUUGACCUUUCUUUUUUUUUAACUAAUUUAUUGUAAACCCAGUUUUAAAUGAUUUGUACAGACAAGUUUGUGCUGGAAUUGUAGAGGGAAUUUGUGGUAAAGUGUGGGCCAGUGCAAGUUUUGGUAUCUUAAAUGCACCAACUUUAUUGACACUAGACAUAUAGACAAAUGCACAUUUGAGCCUGAACAGAAUAGGCCAUUUAGUUGCUGCAGGACUUGUAUUAAUAUUGUUUUAGUCUAUGUAGUUCUAUGCCGUCUACCCAAAACUAGAUGGCGCAAACACAUUCAAUUUCAAUCUUAACAAGGAUUUUCAUGUGUGUUAGACAUUAUUCCAGGCCAAUCAAUUUAUGAAUGUACUGUACAGUUUUCAUCUCAAUCAUUAGGAAAAAGCCGUAUACACAAUUU